AUGCCUUACCAAGAAGACUUCGCUGUUGAACAGUUUAUGGACAAAUUUGAAACACAAGCUAAGUAUAACCUGGGUGAAACAUGCUGCUACUCUCUGAGUUUAGAUGAUAUCGAACAACUUUCCGGUAACAGAUACGAAUUAGACAGAUCCAUGAGAUUAACAUAUCGGGAUAUUAAAGGGAGUGAAGAAUUAAGAUCUUUAAUUGCAUCGAUUUAUGGUAACACUUUAACAGGUGAUAAUGUUUUGGUUUCAAAUGGUGCUAUUGCAUCUAAUUAUCUUUUGUACUACACUUUGGUAGGGAAAGGCGAUCAUGUUAUUUGUGUUGACCCAACCUAUAGUCAAUUGUAUAGCGUUCCGGAGAUGUUCGGUGCUGAGGUUGACCUAUUAAAAUUAACUAAGGAAGAUGGUUACAUUCCUAAUGUCAAUGUUUUGGCUAAAAUGAUUAAGAAGAAUACUAAAUUGAUUAUUAUUAAUAAUCCUAAUAAUCCAUUAGGUUCUGUUAUUCCAAAUAAUGUAAUGAAGGAUAUUUGUCAAUUAUGUGAAAAACAUGAUAUCUAUCUUCAUUCUGAUGAAGUAUAUCGCCCAAUGUUUCAUUCAUUAGAAGAGGGAUUUGAUUUACCAGAUAGUGCAUGUAAUUUAUAUUCAAAGGCUAUAGUUACAUGUUCUAUGUCAAAAGCUUACUCGGUUGCGGGUAUUAGAUUAGGUUGGAUGAUUACUCAAGACAAACAAGUUUUAAGGGAUGCCGCCUCUAGAAGAGAUUACAAUACCAUAUCAGUCAGUGUUAUUGACGAUAGAAUUGCACAAUAUGUUUUAAAGAAUGCUGAUAAAGUGAUCAAGAGAAAUAUGACCCUAUGUAAAGAAAACUAUAACUAUCUGACUGAGUUUAUCGAGAAGAACAAAGAAGAUUUUGAAUAUGUUGCCAUACCACAAGGUGGAACUGUAUGCCUUCUAAGAACUAAAAAGAUAGAGGAUACAUACAAUUUUGCGGAAUUCCUUGCCACUGAAUUUAAUGUAUUAGCUGUGCCUGGUGAAGCUUUCAAUUUCCCAGGAACUUUACGUAUUGGUUAUGGGAAUAGCAAGGAUGAUUUGAUAGUGGGUUUACCUUUAUUGAAGAAGGCAAAUGAUUUAUGGAUUGAUAGAACUAAAUAA